ACUGUAAGCUUUUCCUAUUCUAUUAGGGUAAUAUGAGGAAUUUAUAUACAUUUUGAAUAGCUUCCAUUGAUAGAGACUUAGUUAAAAAUACCCAGACAUAACGGAAAUAAUAAAAACACUGUGGAAUGUCACACGACCUGACUUGGGGCUGGUAAGCGAAUGCGUAAUUAACGGAUCUCCACCUCUCCAAUCAGCCGGAGUGAGUGACUCCAGAAUCUAUUCGCAGCUGCUCUACUACCCUCCGCAUUUGGAACUGAACAGCUGCUAAAACGUUUGAACAAUUUUUCAGAAUGCGAAUAGGGCAUGCUGUCAGACAGGGGCGAACCGGUGCUGUAUCUCAACCAGCAGAAUAAUGGCUGAGGACUAUUGGGAGAGCACACUGGCUUUGGGAUAUUUUUGCUAAGAUUACAAGGGCAUACGGGAUCUCGUGUCCUCGGAGAGCUUGAACUGUGGCUACCCCUCCGCCCUCUGCGUCUCGGCCCCCGCCCUCCACGUCUCGCCCCCCACCCUCCGCAUCCCGCCCCCCGCUGCCCCCUCUGAUGGACCGCAUGAGGAAGAUCAAGCGGCAGCUGUCCCUCACCCUGAGGGGGGGCAACAGUGGGGAUAAGACCAGUGAGACCAUCAGCCCUCAGGACACAGCGCACAGUCACAGUGACUCUGAGACCAUGUCAGUGCGAGGCAGUGGCACUGGCAGUUUGCGGGGUUCAGUGCGAGGCAGUGGUGGUGGAGGCUCGUUCAGCAUGCACUCCCUGCUCCAGUCGUACGGCUCCGCCCUGCGCCGACCACACAGCCUGGGCCGCAGCCUCAGCUCCUAUCUCAACCACACCACACGUCUGGAGAUAGUUCAUGAAGAUGUGAAGAUCGGCUCUGAUGGGGAGAGUGACCAGGUCUCGGCCACCUCUUCUGAUGAAGUACACAGUCCUGUCAGGGUCCGCCUCAGGAACAACUCUGUACGCAAGAUAUCCACCGAGGAUAUAAACAAGCGGUUGUCCUUGCCUGCGGACAUCCGUCUCCCAGAUGGCUACCUGGAGAAGUUCUGUUUGAACAGUCCUCUUUUUGACAAACCUCUGAGCCGGAGGCUAAGGAGAGUCUCCCUGUCCGAGAUUGGCUUUGGGAAGCUGGAGACCUAUGUGAAGCUGGAUAAGCUAGGAGAGGGAACCUAUGCCACGGUAUACAAAGGACGCAGCAAGCUGACUGACAACCUGGUGGCUCUGAAAGAGAUCCGAUUGGAGCAUGAGGAGGGGGCUCCCUGCACUGCCAUCAGAGAAGUGUCUCUGCUGAAGGAUCUGAAACACGCCAACAUAGUGACCCUCCAUGACAUCAUCCACACGCAGAAGUCUCUCACGCUGGUCUUUGAGUACCUGGAUAAAGACCUUAAGCAGUAUCUGGAGGAUUGUGGCAACUCUAUCCACAUGCACAAUGUGAAGCUCUUCCUGUUCCAGCUGCUGCGCGGCCUCAACUACUGCCACCGCCGCAAAGUCCUCCACAGAGACCUCAAACCCCAGAACCUGCUCAUCAACGACCGCGGAGAGCUCAAACUGGCUGACUUUGGCCUGGCCCGGGCUAAGUCCAUUCCCACCAAGACAUACUCCAACGAGGUGGUGACGCUAUGGUACCGUCCCCCAGACAUCCUCCUAGGAAGCACUGACUACUCAACGCAGAUAGAUAUGUGGGGAGUGGGUUGUAUCUUCUAUGAGAUGUCUACAGGCCGCCCCCUAUUUCCUGGUUCCACAGUGGAGGAGGAGCUGCACUUCAUCUUUAAACUGCUAGGUACACCCAAUGAGACAUCCUGGCCUGGAAUCACCUCCAAUGAGGAAUUCAUCUCAUACAACUACCCCCGGUACAGAGCCGACUGUCUACGGAAUCACACACCAAGACUGGACAAUGAAGGAGUGGAACUGCUGUCCAAACUGCUGCAGUUUGAGGGAAAGAAGCGCAUCUCAGCAGAGGAGGCCAUGAGGCAUCUAUACUUCCACAGUCUGGGAGACCGAGUCAUCACACUGCCUGACACUACAUCAAUAUUUUCACUUCAAGACAUUCAGCUGGAGAAGGAGCCCGGCUGUAGAAGCAGCUCCUUGUCUGACUCAGUGAACAGCAUUUCUCGACGACAGAGCCUGCUUUUCUGAGUGGAGGGAGAGAGAGACGGACGAACGAGAGGACGGGAAGCUGAGACAUUUCCGUGUGCGAUGAAGGGAUACAUAUUCAUCAUCUUUAUACCUUUUGAAUUGUCAUUGUUGGUCCAUUUAGUGUUGAGAGAGGUUCACUAGCUGUUUACAUGUAAGAUGAGGCUGAGGAGGAUACCUGUUUUUCUUCUGUGUUUGCUCUCUAUAUAGUACAGUUUACUGUCACAGACACACUUUUACCAUCACGUAUACUGUAAAUGCUGACAGGCAAAGAAAGCCUUACCAUUUUUCCUUGUAUAGCUAACUACUGUGAUCUUUAGUUUACAGGCUGACAUAAUUGCAGCCCUGUAUAAUUAAAUUUAGACAUGUCAGGACAUUCUUUGAAUGCAAUAAUCAUGACCCGUACAUUUUAAUGGAUUUGGACCAAAGUUUUCGACUCACUUAAAUUAUGCACAAUGCUAUUGUAAUACCCCUCGCUAGAACCUUUCUAUGUUUUAUUGUAUAAUACCACAAUGAAGGAAUAAUUUGAAAAAUGACAAGGCUUGAAUAAGUGAGAAGUUGAUUAGAGUUGUCUUCUAAUUGAGAGGGGAAUAAUAAUACGGUGAGGCUGUAGUGUCUCACCUUGGUCUUCCACACUCCCAUUUCCACCACAGUAAGGUAUUACAGUCUAUGCCUCCCAUUUCCACCACAGCAAGGUAUUACAGUCUAUCCCUCCCAUUUCCACCACAGUAAGGUAUUAGUCUAUCCCUCCCAUUUCCACCACAGCAAGGUAUUACAGUCUAUCCCUCCCAUUUCUACCACAGCAAGGUAUUAGUCUAUCCCUCCCAUUUCCACCACAGCAAGGUGUUAGUCUAUCCCUCCCAUUUCCACCACAGUAAGGUAUUACAGUCUAUCCCUCCCAUUUCCACCACAGCAAGGUAUUAGUCUAUCCCUCCCAUUUCCACCACAGUAAGGUAUUACAGUCUAUCCCUCCCAUUUCCACCACAGCAAGGUAUUAGUCUAUCCCUCCCAUUUCCACCACAGUAAGGUAUUAGUCUAUCCCUUCCAUUUCCACCACAGUAAGGUAUUGCAGUCUAUCCCUCCCAUCUCCACCACAGUAAGGUAUUACAGUCUAUCCCUCCCAUUUCCACCACAGUAAGGUAUUACAGUCUAUCCCUCCCAUUUCCACCACAGCAAGGUAUUAGUCUAUCCCUCCCAUUUCCACCACAGUAAGGUAUUAGUCUGUCCCUCCCAUUUCCACCACAGCAAGGUAUUAGUCUAUCCCUCCCAUUUCCACCACAGUAAGGUAUUACAGUCUAUCCCUCCCAUCUCCAUCAAUCCAAGGUAUUACAGUCAAUCCCUCCCAUUUCCACCACAGCAAGGUAUUACAGUCUAUCCCUCCCAUUUCUACCACAGCAAGGUAUUACAGUCUAUCCCUCCCAUUUCCACCACAGUAAGGUAUUACAGUCUAUCCCUCCCAUUUCCACCACAGUAAGGUAUUACAGUCUAUCCCUCCCAUUUCCACCACAGUAAGGUAUUACAGUCUAUCCCUCCCAUUUCCACCACAGUAAGGUAUUACAGUCUAUCCCUCCCAUUUCCACCACAGCAAGGUAUUACAGUCUAUCCCUCCCAUUUCCACCACAGCAAGGUAUUACAGUCUAUCCCUCCCAUUUCUACCACAGCAAGGUAUUAGUCUAUCCCUCCCAUUUCCACCACAGCAAGGUGUUAGUCUAUCCCUCCCAUUUCCACCACAGUAAGGUAUUACAGUCUAUCCCUCCCAUUUCCACCACAGUAAGGUAUUACAGUCUAUCCCUCCCAUUUCUACCACAGCAAGGUAUUACAGUCUAUCCCUCCCAUUUCCACCACAGUAAGGUAUUACAGUCUAUCCCUCCCAUUUCCACCACAGUAAGGUAUUACAGUCUAUCCCUCCCAUUUCCACCACAGUAAGGUAUUACAGUCUAUCCCUCCCAUUUCCACCACAGUAAGGUAUUACAGUCUAUCCCUCCCAUUUCCACCACAGUAAGGUAUUACAGUCUAUCCCUCCCAUUUCCACCACAGUAAGGUAUUACAGUCUAUCCCUCCCAUUUCCACCACAGUAAGGUAUUACAGUCUAUCCCUCCCAUUUCCACCACAGUAAGGUAUUACAGUCUAUCCCUCCCAUCUCCAUCAAUCCAAGGUAUUAGUCUAUCCCUCCCAUCUCCAUCAAUCCAAGGUAUUAGUCUAUCCCUCCCAUCUCCAUCAAUCCAAGGUAUUAGUCUAUCCCUCCCAUCUCCGUAAUCAUUGAAGGGGGAUAUUAGUUUAGUACCAGGUAGAUUAAUCCCAACAGUGUCAUGGUGGCAUUUGGGGGAAAUCCUCAUGUUGUAUUUAUUUAUUUAUUUUCAUAAUGCUGUGCUUGGCUGAUAUGGUACAAUGGUUUGAAAGAACAGCACUUCUGUUCUAUUUUCACACAACGUUUUGCAGUUCUCUGAGGAAUCCAUAGCACUUACAGGAAUUCUCCUCAUUCUUGCAGGAAUUCUGGAAUUUGGGGAACCGUUGUACCAAAAACCUGGAGAUGGCGUUCUCUUUAUUGAUUAUAUAGACAUGCAUCCAAUACAAAUUGAGCUUCCACAGUGAAACAUCACAACCCUGAUAGGUUUAAUGACUCUUUAGGGCACAGGGUACAGUAUUGUUGGGUGUAAUGUAAUUGUGUUUACACAUCUACCUGUUUUGGAGUGAAAGAGAGAGUCUGCAAAUUUCCCCACUAUGUACAGGGUGAUGUGUGGUCAUCAUUCUGAGGAGAGUGAGAGAGUGCACCAGACACAGUGUCACUACUUUUACACCACCUGCUGAUGUAGUUGCCCACCUAUUAACCACGGCUGUUGUUCUAAAGCAGUGCUUCUCAACCUUUUACCCAUGUACAUUUUACCAGUAGGCCUAUGGUCUCAUGAGUCUUCUCAAGUACCCCCUGUGGAUAGGCCAAGUUCCCCUGGUUGGGAACCACUGUUCUAAAGCACUUCAGUAUGUGGAUUCUGUGAAAACCAAAGUGAACAUGCAUAAAACUGUCAUCUGAAAUUUCUGGCUCGUCGUUUUGAAUGGGGAUAGAUGAUGUGUUUCAAACCUCAAAUAACCAAAGUAUACAUUUUUGGAUUGAGGCGGUAACUUGGAGAGAAAUGCAGUUGGUUAUGAACUCUCACCAUCUCAACCAUUGGGUUAGUUUGGUGGGUUGGGGUGUGAUCCUAUCAGCGGGAUGUUGUGAACUUAGUAAGUGUGAAUGAGUGAGCGUGUGCUGUCUGUGUGUGUAUGAGAGAGCCAGAGUGAGAGAGUCAGAGCAGAGGAUAUGUGUCGUGAAGCACGGCAAUGUUAUAUUGUGGAAAAAGAAUAUGGUAUGUUGUAAAUAACCUUAGAUUAUUUUACGGAACCGAGCAGAGGACUGUGCAAUGAGAGGAGGAUACUCUUCUCAUUAUGUCAUGUUGAAGAUAAGAAUAUAGUUUUCUUACGAUGAUCAUUGAUUAUAUUGUUAUUGUGUUCUUAUUCUUUUAAUGAGAAAAGGUUUAUUUGAUCAUAGAAUACAUAAUCAGUGUAGAUAUUUGGAUUUUAUGUUUAUAAUUUGUUUUCUCUGAUGGUGAAAGGGGCUCUUCCAUAUACAUUGUCAGAAGAAGCAUGGAUAUGUUGCCAUGGAAGGGCUAAUAGGUUGGUCGUGAAGUCGCCUCUUGUCCCAUUUUAUAUUUCGCAAUAACUGUUGUACUACGCAAUAACAAGUUGUACAGUACGUGAUCCCUGUCCAAAUUUACCAGUGGAUUGAAUACUUUAUAUCUAACACAAAAACAAUGAAGUCACAACUUUAAGUAGAACAAAAAAAAUACUGGAGACUGUUUUAUUGCCCAUUGUCACUUUUACAUUUGGAUUCAAAUAGUGAGAUUUUGAUAUCACUGUUGACAAAGCGCUUCGUUUUUUUUAUUGAGCCAAGAAACAAGAAACUUCUUGUAGUUUUCAGUAUUGAUAAAACUGUUUGACAUUUCUUUAUAAAGCAAAACAAGUCCAAUUCUAAGGUGUAGUGUAUGUGCCGAGGUUAAGACGAUGUUCUUCAGUUGUCAAGGAGAGUUGGAUUACAGAUUGGACAAUGCAAUUAGGACAAUGCAAUGAGACUUGGUUUUGAAGCAGCUUUACCAUACAGCCCAGCAUAUCUAAUGGGCAUGUGAUGUGUUGAUGAGGUUGAAAAGGUAUGAACAUGUACUGUAAACUGGUGUGUGUGUGUAUACAUAUGUAGGUACUGUACUGUAAAACAUACCAUUUGAAAAGGAAUUUAAACAAACACAAGCAAUACAUUUGGCAAAUGUCUGAUGCAGAAGCCUGCCAAACAAGUUGGUGCUCUGAUAGCAUUUAGCAAUGGCAUGUUAUGCGGAGGCUACAGUACACAGCAUUGUGAUAGGAUGUUUUUCCUAUAGUUGGUUGGGAAAACAGGGCCAUAUUCAGUAGGUAUAACACUACAGGAAGUUGCAGAUAUAAAUGGAAUGUAGCCUAUGGAGCAACCAACACAUUAGACUGGCAUUUUUCUCUGACAUGUUCUUCAUGGCUGCACAUCUGAAUAUGUUUUAGAUCUGUGUGUAUAUUGUAUGAAUAUGUAAAUGCUCAAGAUGUUUUGUGAAGAGAAUGUUUUGUUUGAUAGGCUCCGUCCACUGUGUGUAAAAACUGGAUUUGGAUAUUCAAAAGCUCUUUGGAUUGCGGCAAUAGUUAUUAUUUUUCCCAUCUGAGCAGCGGUUUGGAAAGGACUACAGUGUAAAUUGUCAAGUGAAAUACCACGCCAUCAUGAACCUGUGGUUGUUAUUAUAUCGGUGACACACUGAAAUACUACUCCAUCAUGAACCUGUGGUUAUUAUAUCGGUGACACACUGAAAUACCACACCAUCAUGAACCUGUGGUUAUUAUAUCGGUGACACACUGAAAUACCACUCCAUCAUGAACCUGUGGUUAUUAUAUCGGUGACACACUGAAAUACCACGCCAUCAUGAACCUGUGGUUAUUAUAUCGGUGACACACUGAAAUACCACGCCAUCAUGAACCUGUGGUUAUUAUAUCGGUGACACACUGAAAUACCACGCCAUCAUGAACCUGUGGUUAUUAUAUCGGUGACACACUGAAAUACCACUCCAUCAUGAACCUGUGGUUAUUAUAUCGGUGACACACUGAAAUACCACGCCAUCAUGAACCUGUGGUUAUUAUAUCGGUGACACACUGAAAUACCACGCCAUCAUGAACCUGUGGUUAUUAUAUCGGUGACACACUGAAAUACCACGCCAUCAUGAACCUGUGGUUAUUAUAUCGGUGACACACUGAAAUACCACACCAUCAUGAACCUGUGGUUAUUAUAUCAGUGACACACUGAAAUACCACGCCAUCAUGAACCUGUGGUUAUCAUAUCGGUGACACACUGAAAUACCACACCAUCAUGAACCUGUGGUUAUUAUAUCGGUGACACACUGAAAUACCACGCCAUCAUGAACCUGUGGUUAUUAUAUCGGUGACACACUGAAAUACCACACCAUCAUGAACCUGUGGUUAUCAUAUCGGUGACACACUGAAAUACCACGCCAUCAUGAACCUGUGGUUAUUAUAUCGGUGACACACUGAAAUACCACACCAUCAUGAACCUGUGGUUAUUAUAUCGGUGACACACUGAAAUACCACGCCAUCAUGAACCUGUGGUUAUUAUAUCGGUGACACACUGAAAUACCACGCCAUCAUGAACCUGUGGUUAUCAUAUCGGUGACACACUGAAAUACCACGCCAUCAUGAACCUGUGGUUAUUAUAUCGGUGACACACUGAAAUACCACGCCAUCAUGAACCUGUGGUUAUUAUAUCGGUGACACACUGAAAUACCACACCAUCAUGAACCUGUGGUUAUCAUAUCGGUGACACACUGAAAUACCACGCCAUCAUGAACCUGUGGUUAUUAUAUCGGUGACACACUGAAAUACCACGCCAUCAUGAACCUGUGGUUAUUAUAUCGGUGACACACUGAAAUACCACACCAUCAUGAACCUGUGGUUAUCAUAUCGGUGACACACUGAAAUACCACACCAUCAUGAACCUGUGGUUAUUAUAUCGGUGACACACUGAAAUACCACACCAUGAACCUGUGGUUAUUAUAUCGGUGACACACUGAAAUACCACAGAUAUAUGGCUGAGAGUUGAGCGCUCCCUUCUGGGUAGUGAUACACAAUCUUCCAAGACUUGUCAGAUGGACUAGAUACAGCGAAAAACAGAGCUUGGCACAUUUGCUUUAUGGAAGCAAAAUAAUUCACGCAAAUGCUUUAUUUCUUCACAACUACAUACAUUUAGUCAGACAAUAUAAGAAAAUAUUUACAGUCAUGACAGUCACUGGCCAAUGUAAUGUUUGCUCCUGUAUUUAUCCACUCUUUUGAGUGUCUGAAUCUUUUAAUGUAACUGUACUACAAACACUUAUCUACAAAUAAUGCCAUUCGGAAUAGUAUUUUAUGAAUGUAAUUGUCCUCCUGAGGUUUGAUUUAGCCAAAGUUUCACUUCAAGUAAAUGGCCGUGUAUUAAUGGUCUUCAGCACAUCACGAUUCUAGCUCACCCCAGUGAAUUGGGAGGAUUAAGACCAUAAUACUAUCGAGAGAUUAUUUUGAUUCAUUUAACACAACCUGAGGAACUUGGUUAUAUGAGCUGUUAGUAUAUUCCCCAUUAAAGAAGAAUUCAUUUUAAAGGCAAAACAUUUACAAACCACAAUUUUGAACAGAUGAUUACAGCAUUGGUUGUGUAAUUCUCCUUUUAUAAAAAAUAUUUUGGUGAUAUAACGCUAUGCUAUAUUGUCCGCAUCUGUACAUUUAAAAUGUUAUUACCUUUUGACUGGAUUUAUUAAGAUAUUUCAUAGUCUCUAUCGGUUGAUAUACUGUUAAUCAACAAACAAAUGUGUACAACACAGCUAUAAAUGCACGCCUCAAUGUGUAUUGUAAAAGAGCUUUGCUUUUGGUUGCCAUCAGCUUUUGCCUCAGUCCAAUACCAAAGUUAUCUGCAAUAUUGCAUGAUAUGAUUCUUCCGAACUUUGCUCAGAAGCUGUCAAAUUGCUCUGUGUGUCUUUAAGUCAGCCAUUUCCUUCCAAGUAACUGCAAACUAUAAAUUGCUUUAUUGAGUCCACAUACAGUGCUGUGAAAGUCUUGGCCCCUUUCUGAUUUUCUCAAUUUUUGACAUUGAAUGUUACCAGAACUUCAACCAAAACUUGAGUGAAGCAAUAACGCAACAAUUACAUAUAUUGUUUAUUUAAUAAACAAAGUUAUGCAACACCCAAUGCCCUGUGUAAAAAAGUAAUUGCCCUCUUACACUCAAUAACUGGGUGUGCCUCCUUUAGCUACAUUGACUGCAACCAAACGCUUCAUAUAGUUGUUGAUCAGUCUCUCACAUCGCUGUGGAGGAAUGUUGUCCCCCUCUUCCGUUGAGAACUGCGCUAACUCAGUGGCAUUUGUUGAUUUUCAAAUAUGAACUGCUCAUUUCAGGUCCUGCCACAACAUUUCAAUCAGGAUCAGGUCUGAACUUUGACUAGAACAUUCUAAAACUUCAAAUUUGUUGCUUUUCAACUAUUCGGAUCUAGACUUGUUUUGUGUUUUUUGGAUCAUUGUCUUGCUGCAUAACCCAGCUGUGCUUCAGCUUCAAUUCACGGACGGCUGGCCUGACAUUCUCCUGAUACAGAGCAGAAUUUAUGGUUCCUUCAAUGAUGGCAAGUCAUCCAGGUCCUGAGGCAGCAAAGUAUCCCCAAACCAUCACACUACCACCAUCAUGCUUGACCACUGGUAUGAGGUUCUUACUGUGGAAUGCAGUGUUUGGUUUUCGGCAGACAUAACGGGACCCAUGUCGUCCAAAAAGUUCUUAUUUUGAGUCACCUGUCCAUAGAGCUUCUUGAUGAUCAUCCAGGUACUUAUUUGGCAAACUUGAGUCAACUUUUUUGGAGGACAUGGGUCCCAUUAUGUCUGGCGAAAACCAAACACUGCAUUAUACAGUAAGAACCUCUAACCAAGUGUCAAGCGUGGUGGUGGUGGUGGUAGUGUGAUGGUUUGGGGAUGCUUUGCUGCCUCAGGACCUGGACGACUUGUCGUCAUUAGAGGAACAAUGCUCUGUAUCAGAGAAUUCUAGAAUUCUACAGGAGAAUGUCAGGCCCUCCAUCCGUAAGCUGAAGCGCAGCUGGAUCAUGCAGCAAGACAAUGAUCCAUAACACACAAUCAAGUCUACAUGAAAAUGGCUGAAAAGCAACACAUUUUAUGUUUUGGAAUGGCCUAGUCAAAGUCCAGCCCUAAAUCUGAUUUUGUUGUUGUUGUUGUGGCAGGACUUGAAACGAGCAGUUCAUGCUUGAAAACCCACAAAUGUCUCUGAGUUAAAGCAGUUCUGCAUGGAAGAGUGGGCCAAAAUUGCUCCACAGCGAUGUGAGAGACUGAUGACAACUGCAUGAAGCGUUUUGUUCCAAUCAUUGCAGCUAAAGGUGGCACAACCAGUUGUUGAGUACGGUGGCAAUGACUUUUUUUUACACAGAGGCAUUGAGUGUUUCAUAACUUUAUUAAAUAAGUAUCAAAUUGUUAUUUGUGUACACAGGUUUUGGUUGAAGAUCUGAUAACAUUCAAUAUCAAAAAUAUGCAAAAAUGUAAAUAAAUCAGAAAAGGGGCUAAUACUUUUCACUGCACUGUACUUGUUACGAUUUAAGUAUGGAAAAGUAUCUUGAAUAUAUAAAUGUUGUAAGAUGUUAAUUCUAUGUAUUCAAAAAUAUAUAGCUCAAUAAAGUUGUACAUUUCUCAAGA